CUACAGAAACAUUCAGCUGAAUCCAUCAGGUUUUUCUCAACAAAACAGCAGAAGCUCUGCUGAACACUGAGUAGAUAUGUCUGCUGCCAGCUGUCUGCUGACUGAAGAUCAGUUUCUGUGCUCCAUCUGUCUGAAUGUGUUCACUGAUCCAGUCAGCACACCAUGUGGACACAACUUCUGUAAAACCUGCAUCACUGAACACUGGAAUACUAAUGUCCCGUGUCAGUGUCCCAACUGUAAAGAGGUUUUCUACACACGACCUGAGCUGCGGGUCAACACCUUCAUCUCUGAGAUGGCUGCUCAGUUCAGACAGUCAGCUCAACAGAAAGCCAGCAGCAGCAGCUCAGAGCAACACGUUGCCAAACCAGGAGAAGUUCCCUGUGACGUCUGCACUGGAGCCAAACUGAAGGCCCUGAAGUCCUGCCUGGUGUGUCUGGCCUCCUACUGUGAGACUCACCUGGAGCCUCAUCUGACAGCUUCACGUCUGAAAAGACAUCAGCUGAUCGAUCCUGUGGAGAACCUGGAAGGCAGGAUGUGUACGAAGCACGACAAACUGCUGGAGCUGUUCUGUAAGACCGACCAGACGUGUGUCUGCAUGCUCUGCACUGUUUUAGACCACAAGACACAUGAUGUUGUUCCUCUGAAAGAAGAAUAUGAAGAUAAGAAGGCCGAGCUGGGGAAGACAGAGGCUGAAACUCAGCAGCUGAUCCAGAAGAGACGACUGAAGAUUCAGGAGAUCAAACGCUCAGUGGAGCUCAGUAAGGAAGAUGCAGACAGAGAGAUAGCAGGUGGUGUUCAGGUCUUCAUCGCUCUGAAGGAGUCUGUUGAGAGAAGCCAGGCCGAGCUCAUCGACACGAUCAGAGAGAAGCAGAGAAAGACAGAGAAACAGGCUGAAGGCUUCAUCAAAGAGCUGGAACAGGAAAUCUCAGAGCUGAAGAAGAGAAGCUCUGAGCUGGAGCAGCUCUCACGCUCUGAAGACCACCUCCACCUCCUCCAAAGCCUCCCGUCCCUGAACGCUGCUCCAACCACCAAGGACCGGACAGAAGUCAGCGUCCGUCCACCUUCAUAUGAGGGGACUGUGGUGAGAGCUGUGAAUCAGCUGGAGGAGACGCUCAGUAAACAGAUGAAGAAGCUGUUUGAGGCCGAGCUGAAGAGGGUCCAGCAGUACGCAGUGGCUGUGACACUCGAUCCUGAUACAGCACAUCCCUAUCUCAUCCUGUCUGAUGAUGGAAAACAAGUUAAACAUGGUGAUGUAAAGAAGAAUCUCCCAGACAAUCCAGAGAGAUUUUCAUAUUGUGUUAUUGUCUUAGCAAAGCAGAGUUUCUCUUCAAGAAGAUUUUAUUACGAGGUUAAGGUUUUAGGGAAGACUGCCUGGGAUUUAGGAGUGGUCAGAGAGUCGGCCAACAGGAAGGGAAAAAUCACAGCAAAACCUCAGGAUGGUUACUGGACGAUAUAUUUGAGGAAUGAAAAUGAGUACAAAGCUCCUGCUGGCCCUCCAGUCCGUCUCUCUCUGAAGUCUCAGCCUGAGACGGUGGGGGUGUUUGUGGAUUAUGAGGAGGGUCUGGUCUCCUUUUAUGACGCUGAUGCUGCAGCUCUGAUCUACUCCUUUACUGGCUGCUGCUUCACUGAGAAACUCUACCCAUACUUCAGUCCUUGUCUUAACGAUGGUCUUAAAAACUCUGCCCCUCUGAUCAUCGCUCCUGUCAGUCACUCUGAGUAGAACAACCAUUUGAUUUACAGAAAGAUUCACUAUCAUUUAAUGUAAUAAAUGUAUAUCUAUUGCUGACAUUGUUGUUUUUGUCAGAUUCUGAUGUUUCUUUCCCUUUUUUUUGCUGUAGAUGUUUCUUUGAUGUGCCACAUUGCUACUUAUUACUACAACACACCAAUUUUACCUGAUUUAUUUGAUCUAAUUUAGUCUCAUUUCUAACUGCCUUCAAGACUGUAAAACCAUCAGAAAACAAUGGACUCAGAAAUAAGAAGCAUUUGCACGUUCCUUAAAUGUCUGGGUGCCAAAUUCAAAACUUUUUAUUGUCACAUCAUGUUUAUAUAAGAAGUGUUGCUCAGUGGCACAAAUUACCGAAGAGCCUUUUUAUAAAUGAGACACAGGUCAUUUGUUUUUCUCUUUUUCUUUUUAAAGAAACAAAAGCAAAAUCAAGUUUUUAUUGUGUCUGAUUAAGUUAUUGUUUUGGAUUGAUGUCAAAGCUGAAAAACAGCUGAUGGAGUUUCUAAUGGCCACCAAAUCAUGUGAUUAAAAACACCAUCAGCUGUUCUCAGACUGACUUGAGCUGACGAGCUCCGACACCCCAUCACAUCUGAGGCAGUUGGUAGUGUGAGAUAAUGUAGUGUUGUUUAAGGUCUGAGGUGUGUUUGAGCAGCUGAUAUGAACACUAAACCAGUGCUGCUAGUUUGGAGAGAACAAGUGACAUCUGAGGACGCCCUCCAGUGGAGUUCAUAACAAACUGCAGCCUGUGGCCACAUGAGGACAUGCUCUUCAUAAAUAACUACACAGUCUGAUGCUGAAGCAGAUCACAUGAAUGCAGGAGCACAAUGAAAUCAGAAUCAGAAAUACUUUAUUGAUGCCCGAAUGGGAAACUCUUUUGUUACAGCUGCUCACUAUCACGUCAGUGCACACAGGAAUAGAAGUACUAAGCAAAUCAAAGUAUAAUACACUAUAAUACAGGCAAGAUAAAUUAAGUACAAAGUGGAUAUAAGUAUACAUUUAAAAUAAGUGUAAAGUACAAAGUGGAUUUAUCGGUUGGUGAUAAGUAUGUACGUUAUAAUAAUACAAUGUAAUAAUAUAAGUAAUAGUGCAAUAAUGAGUACUGUCAAGUUAAGUGUAGCUUAUUAAGAUGAUUAUGAGACGGUGGAUAUUGCACAGCAGUAUUAAACAGAGAAUAUUGCACAAUUAUUUCAAGUAUUGCAGAGAUGUUAAUGGUCCAAUGUCCAGUUUAGUGACUUCGGGUCAUACAGACUGACACUUAGAGGGAGGAGUUAAAGAGUCUGAUGGCCACAGGCAGGAAUGACUUCCUGUGGCUCUCUGUGGUGCAUUGUGGGGGGAUGAGUCUUCCGCUGAAGGUGCUCCUCUGUUUGCCCAGCACAUCAUGGAGCGGGUGGGAGACACUGUCCAAGAUGGCGUGUAGUUUGGCCAGCAUCCUCCUCUCUGACACCACCGCCAGAGAGUCCAGCUCCACCCCCACAAUGCCACCGGCCUUACGGAUCAGUUUGUUGAGUCUGUUGGCGUCCGCUGCCCUCAGCCUGCUGCCCCAGCAUGCAACAGCAUACAGGAUAGCACUGGCCACCACAGACUCAUAAAACAUCCUCAGCAUUGUCCGGCAGAUGUUGAAGGACCUCAAAGGCUCUGGCCCUUCCUAACAAGUCCCUUGUAGUGGAAAUCAGGUCAAUCUUUUCCACAGAAAGUACAUUACAAGGCACGAUUUGGUGAUGAUAAAAUAAUGCAUUUUCUUUUUAGCUCUAAUUCUUUCUUAUUUGAUGAAUAUUGGAAACGAAUAUAAAACACAUUUUUAAACCUGCUCUACUGCCUGUCUCUCUCUGGAGGGCCAGAACUGCCAAAAUAAAUAAAUAAAUGACUCAAUUAAUUAAUAUGCCAUUAAAUUAAACAGUAAAUUCAUCAUAUUCAGCGCCUCAUAUCGCUAUUUUCCGAGCUACUAAUAUAAUAUAGUUAGAAUAAGAUGUGCUUUGUUGGACUAACCCCCCCUAGAAAGCCCAGGAUGUGCUUUUCACUGUACAUUAGGACUCAAUAAACUGCAUGCAUGGAGUUUGAAAUUAACGCUGCAGGUCUCUGGCAGACUUUAUCCAAAAUUAUUACUGCUGGCCCCCAAUACUGAUAGUUUCAGUUAAUUAAAUACUUUUUCUGUUUUCGUCAAAGUACAAAUGAUGACUUAACCUUGAGGUCUGUCAGCCUCUGAACUGAAUCUGCAGGUUAAGGAGAUAAAGAGUUUUUAGGAUCUCACUCUUUUCUACAUGAAGAGCUGAACACUGUAACUCCAGAACAGGAACUACACGGAGCUUGUGGCGACAUGGUGAGAUCGGCAGCUGUCUCCAAAGUCAAGAAUGAACUUUGAACCUCAGCUUUUAAACCGAGAAGAUCUUUUAAGUUUUCAGGAAAAAAAAAUGGAAAUUUUAACAUCUGGAAUUCAACAACUGGGCUGAGGAAGAUGAAAAUCGUUUUCUCAUCUGAAGAAUAAAGAUCUGAGAUGAGAUUAAGGCACUGAUUUCCCAAACCUGGGUCCAAUCUAAGUUUCAGGUUAAAAGUAAUAAUGUAAUAAGUAAUGUAUAAAACCGUGCGGCAGCGACACAGCUUUGUGCUGCUGAGUGUGACGUGUGUUUUAAAAUACUGUUGCUGAGGUUUUAAAACAGGAAGACGUGACAGAACUGCUGCGCGAUAUUCAAUUAUUCUACUUUUUGGACUCACAAAAAAAACAAAACAAAUAAAAAUAAUCCACUUUUUUUUCUACAGUUAAUCGUUUUCACGGACACGUGGUCCGAUUACACCAACACUGCCCAUCUGUUUCUGUUUAAUGUUAUUCAAACUGAAAAAACACCACUGAUAAAAACAGAAUUAGUCUCAAUGACGGGUUUAUUAUCGGUUAUUUGGGUGUGAAUUAAAUAAGGCACAUUCACAUCAUCUUUAAAACAUCCAAACCUGAAAAUAAAAACAGUCGUACAAAAAUAAUUAAGAGAUUGGGUUUGACAUCCUUUCAGCUUAAACGAGACACUGUGAAACACAAAGACUCCGUCACAAGUGGAGUGGAGCUUCAUCCUCACCGAAACGGUCCGCAGUCAAACACAAACAAUAAGUGAACUAUGUGACAUUAGUGUGAACAGUAACACUGAUGGGGACACUCUUACAGUACUGCAGCUGUUUCAUUAUGUUGUAAUGCAGCUGUAUUAAAUAAGACUAAAUAUCUUCUAAUGUUAAAGGACCAAACUGGUGGUUUUGCACGUUUUAUUUCAUUAACUCCCGUAUGUUUUACAUCACUGCUGACCCAUUUCCAAAUCCGGCUUUGGUUUGGUUUCACUUCAUUUCAGAAAAUCAAUUCGCAGAGACUUGAAACUUGCUUGAGAGUGGUAAAAAAAAUCAAUAUCGAAUUAUAUAAAUAAAGAAUCUUUGCCAAUAUCUAUCUAUAUCGUAAAAAAUCAUGUGAAGUAACCAUAUUGAUAAACUUAAAUGCAAUGAACUGUUCUGCAUAACAUUCUUCACACGUUUUUCACUAGAGCUGCAACUAAAAAUUAUUUUCAUUAUCAGUUCAUCUGCCAAUUAUUUUUUCUUUUAAUUAAUCAAUUAAUUAAUUAAUCGUUUGGUCUAUAAAAUGGCAGAAAAUAGUAAAAAAAAAAGCCCAGAGCCCAACGUGACAUCUUCAGAUGCCUGUUUUUUUUAUGACCAACAGUCUGAAACCUGCAGAUAUUCAUUUCAAACUGGUAUCAAACAGAGAAAAGCAGCAAAUCAUCGUUUUCAUAAAUCAAUCUUUGCUUGACAAAUGACUUAAAUGAUUAACCGAUGAUCCAAAUUUUUUGUGAUCAACUAAUCGAUUAAACUAAUAGUUUCAGCUUUAUUUUUAACUACAGUUUGCUGGAAAUCUUUUAUUUGGACGACAGAAUUUUGUAAAACGGUAACUAAAUCAAUAAUAUGAAUCGUCAUCGAGUCACUUUUAUUUUUUUUUGUCAAAUUGAGGUAAUCUUAUUAUUAAUCGAAUUAUAAAGGAUGGUUUCCUUUUGUCCAUUUGGUGCGUUCAAGGACGCUUGGACAGAGCAGCGACAGCAGGCUGCAGAAAAGCAACAAAUUUGAAAUGCAAAAAAACAAACAUUCAUGUUCGUAUCAUUUUUACAUAUUGUUUGUCAGUCAACUGUCAUUUUUCGUUGUCAGAGUGAUCUUGAAUGCACCAUAAAGGACAGUAUACCUGUAAUGGGAUGGUAUUUUUUGCUGCUAUUUUAUCAAUUUUUUAUUAAGAUGACCCUUAAUAUUUUACCUAUUUCAUUAUAAGUAUGUUCAUUACAUAUUUUGUAACCUAUAUGUUGUAUGUGCUGCUGUCAGGACACUCACUCUAGAUUUUUGAUCUUUCCUGGUUUUAUUUAUAUAUUUAUAUAUAUAGUCUCUGCAAGUAGAUUUUUGUAGAAAUAAACUAAAGUCAAUGGUUGAAAGGAAGGAAAUCAAUCAAAAAUCUGUUGGUAUGAUUUUGAAAAUAGUUGGCGGUAAAAUGUAAAAUAAAAGAUUUGUAAUUAACGGGCUAAAAACAUUUAACACCAGCUGUGUGAUCCUUUAACCUGCUCUGCGUCUGCGGAGAAAACACAUUCUAACAUUCAGGAGAAGCUGAACUCUCUGAACACACGACCAUCAACAAGGGUCAUAAAUAAAAUAAAAGUAUCCUAAUAACAAUAUAAGUGGAGCAAUAUGAUGCUGAAGAAAGAGCAAACCAACCAAACUGUAAAACUGAAAACAAGCUAACGUCUAGUAUUCAAGUAAAACAAAAAAAACAUGUUCUUCAAAUGAAGUCUGGUGCUCAGAUCGGAGCUACAGUCUAGUGACUUAAAACAAAAACCAAAGCAACAACGUUUACACAGUAUGAAACUAAAAUAACGUCCGUUAUUAUCCCUUUUUCUUUCUGUGAAGGCUAGAAGAAGAAAGUGCGUCAAACUCAGGUGAGAGGAGGAGGAGGAGGAGGAGGAGGAGCCGCUGAGGCCGAAGACCUCUUCAGACUGGAGGAAGUCUGUUCAUAUUCCCAACAACAUCUGAUCUGUUAAAGUCACAGUGAAAUGGUAUUUUAGUAGAUUUCACGUUUGCUAUUGAAACAGGAUGCAGGAAAUUAUCAUUCAACCAAAAUGUUCACGCUAACAUCUAAUAUCUCAUCUGUGAAAAGUUUUUUAUCUGUUUUUAGUUAGUUUUGGGAAUUCGGGUGCAAUACAGCGCUCUCCAAAAGCGUAAUGUUUUUUCCAUCAACGCUCUUUUCCCUUUAAAUGAACAAACACAAGUGUGAAUCAAUAUGAUGUCAGUUAGGAAAGAAAAGGUAGUUUGAUUGGAUGAGAGAGGCGGUAAUGUUCAAAACUGAUCCACAGUUCAUUUAACGACUGACGAUAUGCUGUUUCACAGGAAGUGAAAGUGAUGGGAUCUGGACGCAAUCGGAAAGACCUACAACCAAUCAGAGCAACGGAGCGUGUGACGCAGCGCUGAGCGACACAUGCAAGUUGGGCCGGCGAUUGGCCCGUUUUCAGGCAGGAAAAAAUGGCGGCCUGGUCACGAACUUUCUCAAAUUACAGCUAAACAGUAAACUAAAACGUGUUUCUGAAAACAUUUGAGGCGGGAAAAAGGCAGAAUAACAGAAUAUUGAUUCAUAUCUGAUCAGCACUGCCUGGUUUGACAGUUUGAUCUGAGUUUCGUGAGCCUGGUGCGUCUUUUCAAAUCUGGACCGGUGACACUACUCUGUCAGUCAUCGUAUCAAACCCGCCCCUUAUUAGAUAAACGGCCGUGAUUGGCCGACCAGAUCGAGGACGGGUGGAAAUCAAUCUGAAUGGGUCUGGUUCCCAGGCCGUGUCACCUGAGCCAGUUCCAUUUACUGAUAAAGACGACGAGAUGCUGUUGUGAAUCUACAUUUUAAUAUUUCACUGUGACUUUAAAGGGUCGGUACACCCAAAUUACAACCACACUUUCUCACUUUCCCGCCGUGCAGACACAGCAGUGUUGGUUAUCUGUCUGUGGGAUUUCUGCCUUCACCCCAGACUGAUGAAGGUCUUUGUGACCGACAGCUUAGAUAAUAAAUCUGUCUGCUGCGUUUUGAUCUUUUUUUUCCCCCUUUGCGUCCACACGGAUACAAUGGAGGUGAAUGGAAUUUUGUUUGUGCUCACAGCAUUGAAAAUAACAUUUAAAUAGUUAAAAAAGGAGCAUCCAGUUACUUCAGAUACUUCACAGAUGUCAAAGUUAUCACUUGAACUACUUUCUACCAAAGAAAUAGAGGAAAGAGAUGUCGUUGUUGACGUUUUUAAAUGUAAUUUCUCAACGUUGUGAUCAGCACAAACUAACUUCCAUUCACCUCCACUGUAAAGGGGUGCUGACAGAAAUCUUUCACGCUGUCAUACAGCAGGUGUGUAUAUGACACAGGUAUACUGGACAGCCUGCACUGUAGUUCACUGAUGAGUCACAGAACUACAUCGAGUAAUUACCAAAUAAGAGUUUCACCUCUCCUUCUGUCCAUACUCACACUUCCUUACUCUCUCUCUCGCUCACUCAUAUGUGCACAUUUUUUUAUUUCUCUCUCCCUCUUUCUGUAUUUUUUCUCUAUUAACUAACAUUGAAAUGUCGGGGCCAUUAAAUUAAACUCCCACUCGAUAGAAACGGCAGCGUACGUCCGUCCAACCCCGGUCGUUUGAUCCCUAAACCAAACCUAUCUGUAUUGUUAGAUACCACCAGGGACAAGUGAGAAAAUAUAUUGUUGGGUGGACCGACCCUUUAGCCUGCGUUGUUUCUGUAGAAUCAAACCAGCUGGUAGACAUCACUCCGUCAGCCCCAGAAAUGUGACUUUACUGUGUAUUUUCUACAGCGACAG